GGGGUUAACCGGAAGCAAGCGUUGCCUAUUGGCGGGUGUACCCUUUUUGAAUCAGAUGACACGAGGAACGGGGCACCUCUGAGGGUGUAACAAAUGCAAAGUGGGCACGCGCAGACGAGCCAGAGGCGGAGGCAGAGUUCGGCUUGUAAAGGGCGUCUGAAGUGGCCCUGCUCGUUACUGAAGUGGUCCUGCUCCUGGAUUCUCGUUACUAUGGCUACACGCGCUGCCGGAAGAGCUCCUCAGCGAUCCCGCCCACGUCCCUGCGCCUCGUUGUAGCGCAAACCUCGGGCUCGUGGGAGCGACUCCUUCGCUAAAGAUGGCGGAUGAUGGGGCAAGCAUCGGGCAGCAGGAGACGGCGGCGGCAGCGGAAGGGGAGGACACAACAGCAGCUGGCACCAGCGGGCUGAGGCGAGAGAAAGGGCGCCGUGGAAGCGGUAGGCCGCCCACCGUUCGAGAUCUGCAGCUAGCAUUGGCUGGAUUAUAUGAAGAUGAAAUUAAAAGACAACCAUCUCAUUCUGAUAAACCAACAGCUGGAGUGACCAGUCAUCCAAGAUUACCAGUGCAAAGAAGCUUACGGAAACCAGAAAGAAGUAUGAGUGAUGACAAGAAGAACCAAAGAUUUUACUCAGGCGAUUCAGAAUAUAGGGGGCUCGAUGUUGUUGGACCAUCUAAUAAUAUAACAUCCAGUAAAAUUGUCGAUGAACUUUUCAAAGAAGCAAGAGAACAUGGGGCAGUCCCUUUAGAUGAAGUAUCAAGAGCCUCGGGAGAUAGUCACAAAGCUAAAUCAUUUUCUGGUGGUGGAUACAGAUUGGGCAACUCAACUCUGAAGCGCUCCGAAUAUAUCUAUGGAGAAAAUCAGUAUGGACAAGAUGUUCAAAUUUUGCUUAAACUGUGGAAGAAUGGUUUCAGCUUAGAUGAUGGAGAGUUGAGAUCCUACACAGAUCCAGUAAAUGCUCAGUUUCUUGAGUCUGUUAAAAGAGGAGAGAUUCCUGCAGAACUUCAACGAUUGGUGCAUGGAGGCCAAGUUAAUUUGGAUAUGGAAGACCAUCAGGAGCAGGAAUAUGUAAGACCCAGAUUGAAAUUCAAAGCUUUCAGUGGAGAAGGCCAGAAACUUGGAAGCCUUACUCCUGAGAUUGUCAGUACACCAUCUUCUCCUGAAGAAGAGGAUAAAUCCUUUCUUGAUGCUGCUGUUCUGAUAGAUGACUCUGCGCCAACAACUAAAAUUCAGAUUAGGUUGGCAGAUGGAAGUCGUUUAAUACAAAGAUUUAAUCAAACACACAGGAUUAUAGAUAUUCGGAACUUUAUUAUCCAGUCUCGCCCUUUGUUUGCCACCACUGACUUUGUUCUUCUGACUACAUUUCCACAUAAAGAGCUUACAGACGAAAGCCUGACACUACAAGAAUUAGAUAUAUUGAACACUGUGAUUCUACAGCAGCUAAAGUAAAUCUUGAGGCUUUUGGUGCGAUACAGCUUCUGUGAACGGAUAAUGUUCCAUAUUCUUCAAAAAUGCUUCCAAUGAGAGAGGGGAAAAAGGACAGAGAGACCAACAGUUUUCCACUUAAAUAUUUCAAUUGGCUUUUAAUACUGUUCUGUCUUCCAGUGAUAAUUUGUCUGAAAUGGAAUUCAGAGAGUUUUGCUAAUAAAUACUGAUUUUGUAUUCUUCCCAAAUAAACUGGUGUGAAUUCAAGUACUACUUCUAUUAUUGGGGGGGGCGUUCAGAGAUGAUGAGGAAGAUAAAACUUUAUUAUCAGGCAAUUUAUAAGUGGGUAAAAUCAAUUUUUUGAGAAAGAGGGCCUCUUUUUCUAGUAAGACUUGAACUGUGGACAAACUUCAUAGUGCCUCAGCUAAAGCCAUUAAAUGUAGGGUUGCAAUUCUGUGCCAAUUACCUGGGAGUAAGUCCGAUUGAACUCACUGGGGCUCUUAUACACACACACAUAGGAGUGCACUGUUUUAUCAGAUGAGAUAGGGCAUAAACUUAUCAUAUGACUUGGAAAUGUUCUGUUCAUAGGUUGUCUUCCACACAUCUAGCACGAUUUUAGCACAUUCUGUAAUCUUGUCCUAGUGAGAUAUUUGGCUUAUUCUAUCCUUUGUUUUUAAUCUCUGUUGAAAUUGUUCUUGUUGAGAUGAGAAGCUGAUUGCUGAAUAGAGUGAGGGCAAUAAUAUUUUAUAUCUAUGAGUUUCCUAUAGCAAAAUAUGAUCCCUAAUUUUUAUGACAGAAGUAAGAGGGGAAAACAUGUUUUAAAAUAGAGAUUUGUAAUUUAUCUUAAUGUAUGUGCAAUUGAAAACUAAUUAAUAUGGCCAUUCAGCCACUCAUAUUCAGCUGUUUCGUUUGGCUCAGAUGAUGCAAAGCUCCUUUAGUGCAGUCCUUUUCGGUGAAGAUACCCAGUGAGUGUACACUUUGUUCAACAUGCAGAUUGGCUUUCUUUAUUGAAAUGAUUGCAGAGGCUUGACCACACAGAAGCAUGUGGAUCAUUCUUUGCAGCCCAAAUGAUGAUUUGGCAAACCUCUGGUGUAAGUCUAUAUUAAGACUUUUAGUAGUGUGCCAAAUUGUGGCUUGAGUUCAUGGUUUAAAGAUAAUAUAUAAGGAGAGAGGCACACACAGAGGGGUUGUGCAAAUCUGUUUUGGAAUUCCUUCAAGGGUCCAUGAAGGAAUAUACAAACUUGGUUGCUAAUGGCAAUUGCACCUCCUACCAGGAGCUUUGUGACUUCUUAAAAGCAUAGCAUGACGUGACAUAAAGAGAUAGAAGUCCCUUUGGAAAGAAGGUCAAUGGUGACCAGAAAUAAUGGCUGGCCAAGGCAAACUAAAAUUUGUGCACUUCCAUAUACAGUUAGUACAGUGUUCCUGCCUCUGUGCACAAAUCUUAUAUCUGGGAAUUCAAAAACUUAUGAUGGUACCCCACUGUCUCUGUUUAAGUAAAUGUCCAAUUUGUACCUUAUCUUCUGAUCCAAAUAUGUGGAUAUUUUGCCAAUGUGUUACUUAAAGUGUUUUGAUAAAGACAAUUUGACCAAUGUAGUUUCCAUUAAGAUUGUUAAAGAGUUGCCUAACUUUAAAUCCUGGGACUAUACUUGGAAAAGUAGCCUUUCAGAGAGCUUACUCAGGCUAUAUAACUCUCACUCAACAUUAUUUAAAUGAUGAAUAAUAAACUUUCAAUAUAGUUUGCUGUGUUUUCAAAGCAAAGAUGAUGAAGGGAGAUACAUUAAGAGAAGUGUAUCUUGCAUCACUCUCGGUAUGUAGAGAAUAGGGGGUUUUUUUACUAUUUUUUUCUGAAUAAUUUUGAAUUGCUCAACAAUAUUUUUUUGUUUUCUUCAGCUUCUUCCCUUGAAGUUAACACAUGUAUCUAUUAUUUUGAAACAUUUCAAACAAAUCUUUGAAAAAGUUUAGUAGAACUUGGGAAGAUUUUGUAAAUCUAAUGUCUGCAUGAUUGAACUUCCUCUUGUGUGGUAAUUAAU